ACCUGACGAAUGAUUGACACGAUGGCUGCUGUCCCAGUUCUGACUUGAUCACACGUUUACCUGUUUGUGCUAUCGUACUGGAAAGGCGCAUCUCUGUAAUUACUACAUUCAUGACACAAAGUGCCAACGGAAAGCAACAUUGAUUCCAGCGUGCGUCACCACAUCAAAAUAACUGGCUGUCAUUCACUUGGAUAAAAAGGUAAAUUGCGCUCUUUCAUUCAGAUCCCUCAGCAAAGGCAGCAAAGAUGCACUUUGCCCUUGGCGUGUUACUCUUGUGCGGCGGCAUCAGUGGAAGUUGGGCCGCUUCCGUCAAAAUAGGACGCGAUUGCCCUGCCGGCUGGACUCAGUUGGACACCCGCUGUUUCAUCUUCCAAAACGAGCGAUUAAAUUUCCGUCUUGCGGAGACUGUCUGCAACAUUCUCGGCGGAAACCUGGUUUCCAUCCACAGUCCACUCGAAAAUGAAGUAGUCCGCCACGUGAUUCUGGCGGGGGCUGGCUCUUUUGCGCGGACUUGGAUUGGGCUGUAUGACCGGAUCGAGGAUGGGGAUUAUUUAUGGACGGACGGCUCAGAGGUUGAUUUCUUCGACUGGGCGACUAACAGGCCAACCAUGAACACAAAUGAAGACUGUGUCGAGAUCAACUUCCAAAAUAACGAUCAGUGGAAUGAUCGCGGCUGUGGUGGUCGACUACCCUUCGUGUGCGCAAAAGAUCUGAAUCACUUUUAAGCAUCAUCGCUCUGCAGGCAAUCAACUGUUCAUCAAAGGUUCUCGGAAACGCUAUCAAAUGAUGAACUCCGUCCGUGUAUCAUGUUGCAGCAGGUAGCAGCUGUCAUUGACUGCCUUUCAUUUCUUUGCAUACAAUCGGGUGUAAGGGAUAGACUGCGGAGCAUUUGUGAUUCUUCAAGACAAUCAAUCAAACAACAAUAAAAUCAUUCGAUAUUCA